AUGAAGCCUUCUGAAAACAUUACUGUUAAAUCAAAGCGUGAGGCUUGCAGAUCCACCACGGCGACGGCUGAUGUUCGCCGUAAACGUACAGUCAAAAGGUUGAAAAACAAUUCAUUUUUCGAGUUCACCAAAGUGGCUAAAAUCAAACUGCGUUUACCGGUUGAUGUUUCGAGUGAUCUGUCUCUUUCUGUUGACAACUUGCGUGACGUUACGAUCCAGAACCUAAGGAGUGAGCUAACUAAUAUGAACACAAGAGCCGAGAAGUCUGAUGAUGGUUACAGCUUGCAUAGAUUCUCACCAAUGCCUGUUCCUGACGAAAAUUCCACAAUAUAUGAGACCAACAGUCUGAUAAACGAGGAGCUUUCAUGGGACAUGGAUGAAGUUAGGGCUGAGUUCAAUAAGCUUCAUAAUUCUUUAAAUGAUGAUCAAAGAGCAGUGUAUAACCAGAUAACAUAUAGCUGUUGUUGUCACGAGGAUGAAGCACCGAUGGUACACAAACAUGCUUUUGAGGCUCUUGACCAUACAUUGAAAGAUGUUUUGAGUGUCUCUGAUUCACGAAAUUAUGAACUUUCAUUUGGUGGAAAGGCUAUUGUAUUUGGUGGUGACUUUAGGCAUAUCCUACCAGUUGUACAAAAUGGAAGCGGGCAAGACAUCGUACACGCCUCUUUAUGUUCAUCUUACAUAUGGUCGAGUUUCAAGGUGUUAAAUUUGACAACGAACAUGUGUUUGUCUGUUGGAUCGAGUAGCUCAAACAUCGAGGAGAUAAAAGAAUUUGGUAAAUGGCUUCUCAAGAUCGGCGAAGGCAAUGUUGGUGAUUCUAAUGAUUGUAAUUCAAGUAUUGAAAGGUGGAUUAGCAAGUCUUUAUGUGGGUGA